GAGGCGGGCCUAGUGGUGGAAGGAGCAUGGCGUGGAGACACCUGAAAAAGCGGGUUCAGGAUGCUGUGGUCAUCUUGGGGGGUGGAGGACUUCUCUUCCUCUCCUACCUGACAGCCACAGGGGAUGAGCAUUUCUACGCUGAACACUUGAUGCCAACACUGCAGAGGCUGCUGGACCCUGAGUCAGCCCAUCGGCUGGCUGUUCGUUUCACCUCCCUGGGGCUCCUUCCUUGCACCACAUCUCAAGACUCUGACAUGCUGGAAGUGAGAGUCCUGGGCCAUAAAUUCCGAAAUCCUGUAGGAAUUGCUGCAGGGUUUGACAAGCAUGGAGAAGCUGUGGAUGGACUUUACAAGAUGGGCUUUGGCUUUGUUGAGAUAGGCAGUGUUACCCCUAAACCUCAGGAAGGAAACCCCAAGCCCAGAGUCUUCCGCCUCCCGGAGGACCAAGCUGUCAUUAACAGAUAUGGAUUUAACAGUCACGGACUCUCUGUGGUGGAACACAGGCUGCGGGCCAGACAGCAGGAGCAGGCAAGGCUCACAGAAGAUGGGCUACCACUGGGAAUAAACCUGGGGAAGAAUAAGACCUCGGUGGAUGCUGCCUCGGACUAUGCAGAGGGGGUUCGAGUCCUGGGCCCCUUGGCUGACUACCUGGUAGUGAACGUGUCCAGUCCCAACACGGCUGGGCUACGGAGCCUUCAGGGAAAGGCUGAGCUGCGCCGCUUGUUGACCAAGGUGCUGCAGGAGAGGGACCUCCUGAAGGGAGCACACAAGCCUGCUGUGCUGGUGAAGAUCGCGCCCGACCUCACCGCCCAGGACAAGGCAGAUAUCGCCAGCGUGGUGAGAGAGUUGGGCAUUGAUGGAUUGAUUGUCACGAACACCACAGUGAGUCGCCCUGCCAGCCUCCAGGGCACCCUGCGCUCUGAAAUGGGAGGGCUGAGUGGGAAGCCCCUCCGAAAUUUAUCAACUCAAACCAUCCGGGAGAUGUAUGCACUUACCCAAGGCAGAGUCCCCAUCAUUGGCGUCGGUGGUGUCAGCAGCGGGCAGGAUGCUCUGGAGAAAAUCCGGGCGGGGGCCUCCCUGGUGCAGCUGUACACAGCCCUCAGCUACCAGGGGCCGCCUGUGGUGGGCAGAGUCAAACGGGAGCUGGAGGCCCUUUUGAGGGAACAGGGUUUUACUAGAAUCAUAGAUGCCAUUGGAGCAGAUCACCGGAAGUGAGGACAUCGUUGGUGGGAAGCCUGAUCUAGAAUCUUCUCACUAAAUCGGGUGAGCCUUGUCCUGGACUGAGAGAGCAGGGCCACUGACCCCCAGAGCCUGUCCUCCAGCCAGCCAUGAGGGUCCCGGGAUCGACACAAGGCUUUCUUCCUCCGCUUAUCACAUCGUGAACUGCAUUCAUGGCUCUUUCUAGAGAAAGGACUAUCUAGUGUCCUUUAAUAUUUGCAGGACAUUAAAUAUUUUGGGGAAAAUCAUGGAAAAAAUAAAGCCAUUUAAAACCUGGAGUUAAAUCCCAGCCCCUCCGGAAGGCUUCAGGCUUCACUUAGACCCUGCAGAUUCUUCCAGGCCUCUGAACCUGGGGUCCACAGUGGGCUUUGCAGGAGCUUGACUGUCUUUAUUUUUAUAUAAGUUUUUAACAUUAUUUUGAUAACUUGCAAACACAGGCAAAACCUGCAAGAAUAGGGCUUGUGGGCAGCUGUCCUCUCCCUGUGUCUUCACAUCAUCUUUGCCGUGUGUCCUGCCCCCUUCCUAGAGGGACACCAGUCAUGCUGGAUGAGGGCCCAUCCCGGUGGUCUCUUUUUAACUGGACUACCUCUGUAAAGACCCUGUUUCCAAAUACGGUCACAUUGUGAGGUUCUGGGGCUAGGAUUUCAACAUUGACUCUUGGGGAGACACAAUUGCAUCACAGGAAAGGUGCUUGCUGUCCCCUUUCUUUAAUAUUUGUGACUAAGAGUGCCGUUAGGCAGACAGGCCCUCAAGGUGCAUGGAGAUGCCGGACGAGAGGCUAAGAAGUCUUUAAAGAGACAGAGAAACGCCCAUCCUCCCUUCUGAAAAGCAAACGGUGGAGAGAAGCUGGAGACUCAUCUGGGAAGUGCUGGUAGCGUCUGGCACGCCUUCACAGCCAACAGAAAAUUACCUUUGUUCCCAUCAGCCCAGAACAGAUUUUCUUUUAAAUUCGAUUUCUCGGUAGCUCUGUGGAGAGGCAUGUCCCUAUUGCCUCAUCGUUUACCCGCGGCCUCAGCCUGGGCCUGUCCCUUUGCCCGCUCACCCUGUCUGGAAACCAACAGCCAGUCUCUUGCUGUCCAUUUCAAAGUCUUUGUCCUAUUUUUUUUUAAUCUCCUAUCAUAAAAAUAAUAUCUACUCAUAAAGAAACUUUUACAACAUAGCCCCCUAAUAAAAGUUGUCUACCUCUUUUCUCCCACAAACAGUUCCACUUCUCAUCAGUAACAGGUAACUUUUCAAUCUAUAUAGAUUUUGCAGGUAUUUUUCUUUGUAUAUAUAUAUAUCUUAGCUGCCUUUUGAUCUGCACACCCAUGUAGAGAAGUAUUGACAAGAAUAGCGUAAAGAACUGUUUUUUAAUCCUGAAUCAUAUGAGAGUAAAUUGCUGAGCUGAUGCCUUG